AUGGAAAACAAACGACUACGAAGGACGCUCACCAACGAUCAAAUGUUUUGGGACGAAGAGAAACUAGACAUGAAAUCGGAGCCAAUUCCUCCGCUUCUUUGUGAUGAUGGAGGAGGAGUGAGGCUUCCAUCGAGUGCGGAUGUUUCCUUUCAACAAAUUUUGCAAAUGGCGAACGUGAAUGAACCGAAUGUGGAGUUGUGUUUGGAUUUGUUGAGAGAGAAGAUUGUUUUGGACGGUUUACCGAAAGAAACAUUGAAACACAAAAACUCAGUGUUACUAGGAAAAUAUAAGGAAAAGUGUGAGGCCUGUACUUUACAAUUUAUGAUUGAAAAAUGUGAUUAUGAGAAGGUAAUACAAUGCGAGGAAAAGUUGAGAAAGGCCUACUCGGAGAAGGAACAUUCUGAAGAAACAUUGAAAUUCCUUCAAAAUGAUUUGUUGGAUGCCAUCAAAAAUUUUGAAACAAAACGAUUCAUGUACGAAGAUGAAUGGGAUGAAGAGUCUGAAAUGGAUUAUUCAGAUUGUAUCGAGUGUAAGAAAACAUUUCGAGAGAAUAGUAUUCGUAGAAAAGUAUGGCUAGCACUGCUGAGAAUUAAACUAGUAGAUUUAGAUCACUACAUUACAUUGGUAGCUCAAGGGUCACAAGCGGAAGAUUAUGGCAGCUUGUUGAAAGAUAUUGAUCGUACAAUUGGCUAUUUCCCUCAUUUGGUGAGUGGAAAAAUUACGAAAAAAAGACAAAAGCUUCUCAAAGAAGAAUUGUUCAAAAAGAUGAAAAGAAUUAUCAACAGUUUUUUACUGACUCAUGGAGAUCGCUAUUCGUUCAUUCAGGGAAUGACAGUAUUUUGCUCUUUAUUAUUGCUUCACAUGAGCGAAAUUGAAGCAUACUAUUGUUUCGAUCGAUUAUGCACAAAAGUAUUUCCAACCUACAUUAAUCCAAAAAAUAGAUCUUUACAAAAUGCAUCUGUGAAUGGUAUGGAAGGAGUAUAUGCCGCUUGCAAUUUGGUGGACAAAUUAAUACAAAUCGACGAUCCAGAAUUGUUCAAAUUAUUUCAGCAGAACAAAGUAACGGCAAGAUUUUGGGCAUUUAAGUACAUUUCUGUAUUCAUGUGCAGUGUGAUGGACAUUCAAAUCGCCACAGUGUAUUGGGAUUUCUUCUUAUCGACCGGUUUUCAUAUGGUUGUUUUGUGUGUCUAUGCAGCGGUGAAAUUGAAGAGAAAUGAGUUGUUAAGAAUGAGAGGAAAACAAGACAAUUACAUUCAAAAUGAUGUCAUUCCAAAUGCUAAUCCACAUGAAGUAGUGAGUGAAGUUUGCAAGUUGAUGGAAAAUGUGCCACCACGAUUCUACAAUGAUCUUGUCAACCAUUUGCAUGAUGUGGAUUUGUGUGUAAAGAUUUGUUCCUCUCCAGUCAUUGACUCUAAACAGUAG